GGACGCACUUCCGGCGGAUGUGGGGGGGAGCACCGGAAACGGAAGUGAACUGCUGGGCCGACUGACGGUAACGGGGCUGAGAGGUUGUUCGCAGAGCGAGUAGAAAAUGAAUGCCAGAGGACUUGGAUCUCAGCUAAAGGACAGUAUUCCUGUUACUGAACUUUCAGCAAGCGGACCUUUUGAAAGUCAUGAUCUUCUUCGAAAAGGUUUUUCUUGUGUGAAAAAUGAACUUUUGCCCAGUCACCCUCUUGAAUUAUCAGAAAAAAAUUUCCAGCUCAACCAAGAUAAAAUGAAUUUUUCCACACUGAGAAACAUCCAGGGUCUGUUUGCUCCACUGAAAUUGCAAAUGGAAUUCAAGGCGGUGCAGCAGGUGAGUCGUCUUCCAUUUCUUCCAAGCUCAAACCUUUCACUGGAUAUUUUGAGGGGUAAUGAUGAGACUAUUGGAUUUGAAGAUAUUCUUAAUAACCCAUCAGAAAGUGAACUAAUGGGAGAACCACACUUGAUGGUGGAAUAUAAACUUGGUUUACUGUAAGGCANUGUGCUGCUCAUGAAAAUAGAGGGACUACAUCUUGUGUAUAGUCAUCUUUUUACUGUAAUUUUAUGUACACCACAUUAAAAGUACUGACACAUGAGAAUUGUUGCCUAAGUAACAUCUGAUCAUUUGAAAUUAUUUGGGUCUUUGGUUUAUGGCCAUGCGACAGUUGAAAGCACUAGAGAUGAUUUUAAAACUCCUGAUUUAUAUUAAAACAAUAGUCUUCUACGUCUUUAAAAAACUGUUGUGAAUAAAUAUUAUAAAACCGUCCUCAGGUUCCAGUUCAACCUAUUUUCUGGCUAUCCCAUACAUUUAGUUUUGAAUAACCAUUAUCAGUAUUUGAGUCUCCAGUCUUCACAGUAGCAUCUUUCAGAAUAAACAUCUGUAAUUGAUUUGACUGGCAACACUUCAAUUUAGGUAUAAAAUCAGAUAUUUAUAUUUUACCUUGUUUUGGUAUAGUCUAUUAGUGCUUAUAAGAAUAACGUUUGCUUUACUGAAGUUACUUAAGAAUUAUAGUGAUUUUUUGAUUCUUUAAAGUUGAAAAGUAUAAGUUUAGAGGUUUUGAUUUGGAUCUUGUCUUUAAUUUUAAGUGAAAAAUUAAAGCAACCAGCAGAUGUCAAUUAAACUUUUGUACUGCAUAGAUUUAUAUAUCACAAGAUGCUUAAGUUAAAAACAUUAGAACAUUCAAGUAUACACCCAUUUCCAUGAAGAAAUUCCAUUAUAAUUUAUUUAAGAAUAUUCACUACGGUUGUUCUUUUUUAUAAGGUAUUCUUUAUGAACCUGGUAUAUGAAAAUGAAAGAUUUUUAGAUUCAAUUCAUAAGUGAGUCAUCUUUCACUAAUUAAAAAAUAUUUUUAAAUUA